AUGUCGUACGAGAACGGCGCCAUGCUUGAGCCCCUGAGCGUCGCCCUCGCCGGCAUGCAGCGUGCUGGCGUUCGCCUCGGCGACCCCGUCCUCAUCUGCGGCGCCGGUCCCAUCGGCCUCAUCACGCUCCUUUGCUGCCGCGCCGCGGGCGCCACGCCGCUCGUCAUCACCGACAUUGACGAGGGUCGCCUCGCUUUCGCCAAGGAGCUCUGCCCCUCGGUCAUCACGCACAAGGUCGAGCGCGCGACGCCCGAGGACUCGGCCAAGGCCAUUGUCCAGGCGUUUGGCGGCGUCGAGCCGGCCAUUGCGCUCGAGUGCACGGGCGUCGAGAGCAGCAUCGCCGCGGCCAUCUGGGCGUGCAAGUUUGGCGGCAAGGUCUUCAUCAUUGGUGUCGGCAAGAACGAGAUCAACAUUCCCUUUAUGCGCGCGAGCGUCAAGGAGAUUGACAUUCAGCUGCAGUACAGGUACUGCAACACGUGGCCGCGCGCCAUCCGUCUCGUCGAGAGCGGCGUCAUCGACCUCACCAAGCUGGUCACGCACAGGUUCAACCUCGAGGAUGCGCUCAAGGCAUUCGACACGGCCAAGGACCCCAAGACGGGCGCCAUCAAGGUGCAGAUCCAGAGCCUGGAGUGA